AGGUGGUGGUGGGGAGAGAGAGUGGGACUUGGGUGGGGGGGCAAAAGACCCCAAGCAACUGGGACCCCCCCACUGACUGUCUGGGAGUCUCUCCAGAUCGCUAACCUUCCGGCGAUCGGAGUGGCCGAGGAGGGAAUCCCGCCCUAGACCCCUUGCGUGGGCCACCCUCCCGUUCCCCCAGCGUUUCGAUGGUCUGACCCGGGCAAGAUGAUGUGCGAGGUGAUGCCGACCAUCAACGAGGACAACCGCCGGGGCUCUCAGUACGGCUCGGACGACGCCAACUUCGAGCAGCUGAUGGUGAACAUGCUGAACGAGCGCGAGAGGCUGCUGGAGAGCCUGAGGGAGACCCAGGACAGUCUGGCCGGCGCUCAGCUCCGUCUCCGCGAGCUGGGCCAUGAGAAGGAUUCUCUGCAGAGACAGCUGAGUAUCGCUCUACCACAGGAGUUUGCCGUCCUGACGAAGGAGCUGAACUUGUGCCGGGAGCAGCUGCUGGAGAGAGAGGAGGAGAUUGCGGAGCUGAAAGCUGAACGCAACAACACCCGGUUGCUGUUGGAGCACUUGGAGUGCUUGGUUUCCCGACACGAGCGUUCGCUCAGGAUGACGGUGGUGAAGAGACAGUCCCAGUCUCCGGCCGGUGUGUCCAGUGAGGUCGAGGUGCUCAAGGCCCUCAAGUCACUGUUCGAGCAUCACAAGGCACUGGAUGAGAAGGUACGAGAGCGUCUGCGUGUGGCUUUGGAGCGGGUCUCGAUGCUGGAGGAGGAACUGGAAUCCACAUCGCAAGAGAUUGUGGUGGCGCAGCGACUGACGAACGGGUUGCUAUUGCCGGGGGAGAGGUCGGGUGACCCUGAUUGCCAGGAGCUGGUGCAGUUGAAGGAACGUCUUGCCUCGCUGUGCCGGAAGGUGGCCGAGUUCGAGGAGGAGCUGAGCACCACCAGGAAGGACCUCAUGAGAUCGGAGGAGUCCAAUUCCAAGCUGCAGCGGGACCUGAAGGAGGCCCUGGCACAACGAGAGGACAUGGAGGAGAGAAUCACAACCCUGGAGAAGAGAUACUUGAGUGCCCAACGAGAAGCCACAUCUCUACACGAUGCCAACGACAAAUUGGAGAACGAGCUGGCCAGCAAGGAGUCUCUCCUCAAACAGAGUGAGGAGAAGAACAGGCAGCUGCAGGACUGGCUGGACACGUCCAAACAGAAGCUCCAACAGACACUCCGCAAAGCAGAGACUCUGCCCGAGGUGGAGGCUGAGCUCGCACAGAGGGUUGCCGCGCUCAACAAGGCCGUGUAA